AUGCCCGCGGUUAUCGAGGAGAUGGAAACAACACCGAAUUCGCAAGCCGCGAUGGAUGCAAACGCGGCGGAUAAAAAGCGCAACAAGUUGGGGUAUCAUCGGACAUCGGUCGCCUGUGUACAUUGCCGGCGACGGAAGAUCCGGUGUUUGGUGGCAGCAGACGAUGCACAAGGACGGUGCGAGAACUGUAUCCGGUUGCGAAAGGAAUGUCAAUUCUUCCCCGUCGACCAACAACCUCCUGUGGAGAAGAAAUCGCGACCCAACUCGAGACUGGAGGCUGGAUCCGCCGACCCCUCGGCGACAACGCCCCUGUCAUCCUCACCAACGAACAUGAAUCCUGACUCAGUCGAGCCUUUCUAUCCAUAUGCUCAAGUCCCAAUCGGCGCGUCUUCGGGGGACAUGGCGGCUUUUAACCCCGGCGCAUUUGCGGCCACUCAGAUACCGGGGUUCACACCUGAUCGACCUAUGGGACCGGGAGAAUUCUCAAGUCUGACGACAAUGGAAGGAGGACUUGCCUGGGAUGAGUUUACGACGAUACCCGACCCACAAAUGAUGGCGACGAUGAACGCAGGUAAAGGCCAGAUGAUGAAUUUGGCACCACAUGCCUGGAAUCCUGCAGCCGUACCAGCAGCAAUGUCCCCCAAUUCACCCAUGUCCGGCGCAUCGCCAAUGGCUGGUCAAGCGCAGCCCAUGCACCCCGGACCAGCUUAUGCCAUGCAGCCUGACGGAUCAGUCUGGCCAGUACCGCCGCAGCCGUCAAGGACCAUGAGUUACCCUGGUCAGGACAUGAGUUCUUCCUUUCCCAGUCACUUUCAACCGCAGAUGACCCCGGACCUCAAACGCAGGAUGACCACACCGGCACACCCGACCGGCUCCCACAGUGCCCCCGGACCCAGCCCCGACAUGCAAGCGCCGCCCGCCGUCCCUUACCAGGCCCAAGCCGGCAUGGGCUUCACGCAAUGGCCUCAGAUGAAUGCUAUACCCGGUAUGGGUCUGGUACCGUACCCUAUGUAUGCCGGCGACGUCCCUCAACAAUUCGCUCACCCCCCGAUGGGACACCCGGGGCAGCCAGGAAGGUCGGGGCCAUAA